GGCGCAGAGUGCUCUCAGGUUCACACUCGAGCACCGAGCGUCUAGGCCUAUAUCCGCGCCCUCGCCGACUCCGAGCGGCUAUAUUGCACCGGAGAGCAAGCCAAGGAGAAACAGAAGGAAGUAAUUCGAGAGCGCCAAUCAACCGAAGGAAAGACUGACCGACUGACGCCGGUCAACUGUUUCCAUACAACGACAAGAAGGCGACUACAGCAGACUAUACGAGGGAAGAGACUUGAAGCGACACCGAACGACUAGCCAUUGCUGGGUCCGUCUCUUUCAGACGAAGCCGAGCGCGAGCAAGCGUGCUCUUCACUGUCGACUUCAGCAGUUUACAGAGCGGAGCUGGAAGUUGGUCACCCGUGUUCUACUAGACCCAACUGACACGUCGACUACUAUUGACAUUUGUGGGGCCCACGCGGAAGCCAUCCGCAGAAUUACUGGAGUCUUGCGCACGGUGAAUGCGCCUGCCCCAGGCACAGCAGCAACAGCAGCGGAACGCCACCAGUAGCAGCAGCAGCGGGGGUGUUAGCGAGCCGCGGCCGCCGGCCAUGUCAUCGCGAUCGGGCCAGAAAGGCGGAGGUGGGGGCGGUAACAGCAGGCAGCCACCGACGUACGGCGGCAACUCGCGGACCGGAUCCUCUUCCUAUGCCAGCGGCAGCGGUAGCGGAGGCGGAGGAGGCGCCUCUUCCUAUGCCAGCGGCAGCGGAGGCGGAGGAGGCGGCGGUAACUAUUUUCACGGAAGCCGCGGCACUUCCUACAGGGGCAACGACGGCUGGACGGACCGCGGGGGCGGCGGAAGUGGCGGAAACGGUGCAAAUCGGCAGCGCUCGCACGGUGGUAGCCGGCCCCGCUCCAGAGAGGGCGGCGAGAGGCAGUCGUCGUCGGGCUUUGCUCAGCGCACCGCAGACAGUCACGGGUAUACGUCGUCACAUAGCCGACGGGCCGCCACCACCGCCGCCGCCUCGGCAAGCAGCUCGCGGCCGCCACAGCGCUCGUCCGGGGGCAGCGGGAGUUCCGGCAGCAGUGGAGCGCGGCAUCAGGACAGCGGGGCUACAGCUACGUCACACUCGCGAGAUGUUUCCACUGCCUCGAGCUACGGUCCGCCGCCCCCUUCAUCUACCGAUACGGCCGCUACUUCAUCCAGCCAACCAGUUGCAGUUUCUGCUCCGGUGGUGACUAGCGACAGUGCUCGGCAGCAAGAGCCGGAUCGAUUCCCCGCAACGGUUCCGGAGAGCCAGGCCGAACAGGUUCUGGCUACGCCGGUGGUGGUGCCGCAAGCGGAGGCGACGUCCCCCGUGCGUGAAGAACCAUGUUCCACGACACAGAGUCGCAGCAGGUGUGAAUAUCCUCCCGAAACCGCAAAGCCGAAGUUGCCCACACCGCAAAAGCAGGCAGCAGCCGCCGGAGCUGUGGGUUCGCAGCAGCAGGGUGGUGGCGGCCAGCCUUACGCCUUGCUGCCCACGCCGCCGCCCAGCACCACGCACGCCGUCAAGGCAUCGUCGGCGGGCAUGCCUUCGUCGUCGUUGCUACCAUGCCGACAGCAGCUGCCCGCCGAUGCUGCCAUGGUAACGGACCACCAGCAAGUCUCCAGCGUCGCAUCGGUGCACCCGGUCGCUCGUCAGCAGCAAAUGCUUGCGCAACUGCAGCAGCAGCAACAGCAAUACGCCGCAGAGCACCAGCAGCAAGCCCAGCAGCUGCAAAUGCAGUAUGCGGCAGGUGCGUACAGCAUGGAGUCACAGGCACAGCAACAGCAACAGCUACAGCAGCAGCAGCAGCAGCCGAUGAUGUACAGCGCACCGCAGCAGCAGAUCACACCAGCUGCUGUACAGCCUCCGGCGGUGCAGCAGCAACAACAGCAGAUGAUGGCGCCGACGCCCAGCGCCUACGAGCACAUGAUCCAGCAGGCCAGCGGCGGCGCCGCUAACUCGCCGGCCACUUACGCCAUGUGUGUCACAAGCCAGCAAGCGCAGCAGCAGAAAGCCUUCGGCGCGGGCGUCGCAAACGCUCUACCCGCGCCAUUCUCGCAGGAGUACAACCAGCAGCUGGUGCUGCAGUCGUCGUCCGCCGCUCAAAUCCAGCCGCACCAGCAGCAGCAGCAGCCGCCAACUCCGGUUCUGCAAGCUCCCGCCGUGACCAACCAGGUGGUCGUGCCCCUCGCCGCGGCUGCCACUCCUCCGGUCGUGGACAACAGCGGUGCCACGUAUUGUCUGCAGUACUCGGCACAAGACAGCAACAAGAUUCAGCUUGCGCCCAACGUCAUGAUUGACCCGCACGUAUACCAGACGGUGUACUCGGACAUUUCCGGCUACCCGUUGUACUCGACCCCCGCACAGGCCACGCCGAUCGUCUACCACCAGGGUGCUGCCGAGCCGCACUCCAUAAUGCCACCACCGCCGCCGCCACCAGUGCAGCGCCAACCGCAGCAGCCUCAGCAGCCGUCUCAGCACACCGCCGAGAUGAUGUGCCCGUCAGCCAACAUGCCGCCCUCGCUGCAGCAGCACCACCAGCAUCACCACCAGCAUCAGCAGCAGCAUCACCGUGGCAACGGCACUGGAAACCAACAGCAGCAGAGACCGCCGCGACCCCGCCGCCAGUCCAAGGCCAACGGAGCGACGCGCCAGCACCAGCAUCAGCAGAGCCAGCAGCAGCAGCAGGUGCUUCGCGCCCCGCGCGGCCCUCGUUCCAGCUCGCACUCGUCCAGCGAUGGACGAGUGUCGCGUCACUCCGUCGGUUCCGUGCACAACGGUGCUGUCGUUGCUGCUGUUGCCACGGGAACGGGAACGGCUAGCCAAGCCGAGUACCGGCCGCCGAGCCGAGGAGCUGCUGCCAGGCCGCUCAUGAGCAAGCUCCGCGUGCCGGACAGCGAAGAUCGUUGCAGGAGCAGUGCGGACGAGGGCGAGAUGGACGCCGACAAGGAGUCGUUCAUCAAGGACCUCGACGUCUUCUACAACCUGAGGGACGUGCACAUCGGGUGCAUCUUGCGCUUCCAGUACCUGUGCAUAGUACGAUGCAAGCUGACGCUUGUUGAAUACUUUGCAGUUUACCUUGGUAACUGCAUGGUGGCCCACUGCGCGAGCUUAGACGACCAUGCGCUGGAGCAUCUGGCAUUCCUGCGGGCCAUGGUUCCCACCGAGCAGGAGACGACCAGCCCCGACUUCUACCCGCGCUGCAAGGUGCAGCUAACGCAGAUGUCGAACAUGAACGGCGAGGGCAACCUCUACCGCGUCAUCCCGCUCAGCAUCGAGCACAUGCGCGCCGUCGACGCCAGCACCACGGCACACUCGUCGCGCAUGAGCAGCCGACGCUCCCUGAGCCUGAUGGGCUACGUGGGUUUCAGCAGCCGCGACUCGCUGUUCAAGCUGCACGAGGACUUCAAGGACCUGACCACCAACACGCGGCCGCUGAUCAUGAACACCGGCCGCAUCCGCCUCAAGUGCACCUGGACAUCCCUGGCGUUCGCCAUCUGGUGCGCCUACGGCAGCCAGUACAUGGUUCCGGUGGACGUGCUGUACUAUGUCGGUGCAGAGGCCGACCUGGACAUUACGCCGGCAACGGACGUUCAGAAAACGCUCGUCCAGCACCUGCAGGCCAUCGUGGACAGCCUGGAGCGUCGGCCGCCGACCGGCAUUCACUACGUCGGCGGGUGCUUGUACAACCUGCAGCAGCCACCGCCACUCGAGGGCGGCGACGCACCGAUUGUUUACUACCCCGAUGAGGACAGCAGUAGCGGGCAGAGUGAGCUGCAGGCAUCAUCGAUAUCACCGCUCUGCAUUCCUCCAAGCAAUAUAUCUGGUUGGCAAUGCGGUGCUCAAAGCCCGACGGGGACCACUGCGAUGUCCAGCAGCAGCCGGUGCGUUGCGCCGAGCAACCUCCGUGCCAAGGUGCAGCUCGUCGGCAUGAGCACGGAGCACGACGGCGUUCCCGUUCUGUUCCACGACGAAGAAACCGGCCUCUACUUCUACUUUGCCACCGCCGCCACGCCCACUGCCACGCCGCCAACGCUGCCGCAGACAAGCCAGGUCGAGGUGCUGCCGCCUCCGGCUGUGGCCGCAGCACCACAGGACGCCGCCAGGUGCAGUGAACUGGACAGUGACGAUAGUGACGACGGCGUGCACGUCACGGUGCAGUGUACUGCUGCCGUCGCGGACAUUGCCGCCAACUACGCUAGCGGCAACGGGAGCGGUGCCGAUGCGGCCGCCGCCGAAUGCUCGGCAGCGGAUUCCGUUGGCAAGGCGACGGGAUCCGCGAAUCUGGCCACUGUUGUUGUGCCCUCUACCGGCGGCGAGCAGGCCUUGGAAUCCUCAACUGCUUGCCUUCUUGAACCGCGAGUGUUUAGUAGAGAAUCCCGUCCGCCGGCGGACUGUGCUUGGAUGGAGAAAGCCCAUAGAAGUACUCUGCCCAGGCCUGUCAUGCAGCGAGCUAUCGAGGAGACCUCGACGGCAGUUGCCAUGUCAACAACCAAUGGAUGCACUCCUGCAGCCACAGGCAAACUCGAUCCUGAACACCUGCCGGAGAACAUGCCUCUCCCGCUCAGCCCGCCCGCGUCGUCCCCGACAACGGGCACUGCCCUCGACGCCACCGUUGCAGCGGUGCCCGGUGAGCUGGUGGCUGCUGUUGCGUCGGCCGCGUCCGAAAGCGAGCCCGCUGUCACGGCGACCUCUCCGCAACCUAGCUUGGCUACAGCUUCCGCCGCCGCCGCCAACGCCACCGCCGGGGUGGUGGAGCCUGAAGCAGCUGCCGAUCCCCAGCCCCAGGCACAACGGCCCAGAUUCCAGCACAAAACAAGCAACGGACCGAACAGUGCGGAUUCGGCCACUAGUUCGGUUUCCUUAAGCAGCAGCAGCGACAAGAGUGAUGACAACGCCGACAGCGGUAAUAGUCGCCCUUAUGUCUCGGAUCCGCCCAGUCCGCAAACCCCACCCCACGACACCAACGACAACGCCGGCGAAGCACCACGCCCCGAGAACCAGAGCGGCGGCAUGGAGCUUCCCAACGACGAGAACCAGAGCGGCGGCAUGGAGCUUCCCAACGACGAGAACCAGAGCGGCGGCAUGGAGCUUCCCGACGACGAGAACCAGAGCGGCGGCAUGGAGCUUCCCGACGACGAGAACCAGAGCGGCUGCAUGGAGCUUCCCGACGACGAGAACCAGAGCGGCUGCGUGGAGCUUCCCGACGACGAGAACCAGAGCGGCUGCGUGGAGCUUCCCGACGACGAGAACCAGAGCGGCUGCGUGGAGCUUCCCGACGACGAGAAGCAGAGCGGCGGCGUGGAGCUUCCCGACGACGAGAAGCAGAGCGGCGGCGUGGAGCUUCCCGACGACGAGAAGCAGAGCGGCGGCGUGGAGCUUCCCGACGACGAGAAGCAGAGCGGCGGCGUGGAGCUUCCCGACGACGAGAAGCAGAGCGGCGGCGUGGAGCUUCCCGACGGCGAGAAGCAGAGCGGCGGCGUGGAGCUUCCCGACGGCGAGAAGCAGAGCGGCGGCGUGGAGCUUCCCGACGACGAGAAGCAGAGCGGCGGCGUGGAGCUUCCCGACGACGAGAAGCAGAGCGGCGGCGUGGAGCUUCCCAACGACGAGAAGCAGAACGGCGGCGUGGAGCUCUCCAACGACGAGAAGCAGAACGGCGGCGUGGAGCUCUCCAACGACGAGAAGCAGAACGGCGGCGUGGAGCUCCCCAACGACGAGAACCAGAGCGGCGGCGUGGAGCUCGCCAACGACGAGAACCAGAGCGGCGGCGUGGAGCUCGCCAACGACGAGAACCAGAGCGGCGGCGUGCAGCUCGCCAACGACGAGAACCAGAGCGGCGGCGUGCAGCUCGCCAACGACGAGAACCAGAGCGGCGGCGUGCAGCUCGCCAACGACGAGAACCAGAGCGGCGGCGUGCAGCUCGCCAACGACGAGAACCAGAGCGGCGGCGUGCAGCUCGCCAACGACGAGAACCAGAGCGGCGGCGUGCAGCUCGCCAACGACGAGAACCAGAGCGGCGGCGUGCAGCUCGCCAACGACGAGAACCAGAGCGGCGGCGUGCAGCUCGCCAACGACGAGAACCAGAGCGGCGGCGUGCAGCUCGCCAACGACGAGAACCAGAGCGGCGGCGUGCAGCUCGCCAACGACGAGAACCAGAGCGGCGGCGUGCAGCUCGCCAACGACGAGAACCAGAGCGGCGGCGUGCAGCUCGCCAACGACGAGAACCAGAGCGGCGGCGUGCAGCUCGCCAACGACGAGAACCAGAGCGGCGGCGUGCAGCUCGCCAACGACGAGAACCAGAGCGGCGGCGUGCAGCUCGCCAACGACGAGAACCAGAGCGGCGGCGUGCAGCUCCCCAACGACGAGAACCAGAGCGGCGGCGUGGAGCUCCCCAACGACGAGAACCAGAGCGGCAGCGUGGAGCUCCCCAACAACGAGAACCAGAACGGCAGCAUGGAGCUCCCCAACGGCGAGGACCACACCGGCGGCAUGGACCUUACCAACGAUGGCAAGGCCGUGAUCCUCGAGAUUGGCCCCCAGGCUGCCUGGCCAGCCGCUCUGGAGGUGCAGUGUAACGGCACCACCGCCUAGGUAGGGGCGUAAUGACGUCGUCCAGAGCAGAUCGGAUACGCCACAGCCACUUGCAGAAUUGGCCUUAUGGUAAGAUGAUUUGCCAGUUAAAGUGCCAGCUUGUAUGGCAAUGGUGCAACUGAAUUUCAUCUAUAAACGAGAGGCUGUCGACAUGCUCAGCUUUCAGAAUUGGCCUCACUAGAACUUGCCAUGUGAUCUGGCCAUGUUCCUCAAAAGACACUUUUCCGAACCAAAUCAGACUAUGCGGACUGUUUUUUUGCGGACAACAGGACAAAUUUAACCAUCUGCUGCUUAGUUUUUUUAGACAGUUUCCUCCUCGCUUUCUGAAUUUGCUUUGAUUUGACUGAAAAAAUACACUAGGAUAUUUUAAAGGCUUCUCUCUACAGUUUCCUCCUCGCUUUCUGAAUUUGCUUUGAUUUGACUGAAAAAAUACACUAGGAUAUUUUAAAGGCUUCUCUCUUCCUCCUUUGCAGUAGCGUCUUUCCUCCUUGCUUGUUGCAUUGCCAUUUUAUUUUUAUGUUGAGUCAACUUUCUUUUUCCCGAUAGUUUUCAUCUCUGCUCGUUGCAUUCAUCCUUCUUCCUAACCCGACUAUUACAUCUUCUCUCACGAUCUCACGCCACUCCAAUUGUUUUUGAAUUUUGUGUGUAAAAGGACUAUUUGAAGACAAUUGUGGGCGUC